AUGGAGACUCUAUGGAAACUUGAUGGACUUGAGGACAGAAUAAAAGCUCAUAACGAUUUUAUAGAUUCUGUCAUAAGUUUAAUACCUCCUAAACAUUACUUUAAAAAUUAUCCUAGCAUUUCAGACGAUGAGGACAAGCAAUCUCAAUAUCGUAAGACAAAAAAAGGCUCCAAAAAAGGUUUCAAGGAGCAAAAGAAAAUAAACAAAAGAACAAAGUUUGAUCCCAAUAAUUUAAAGACUGUAACUGAUAUUCAGCAAGAAAAACUAAACAAAAACAAAGAGAAAAUUAAAGAGGUAGAUGAAAAGUUAGAUGAUAGUAAAUCAGUUAAGAAACAUGGCGAAUUAAAGACUAACAGUGAAAAAGUCAACGCCUUGAGAGAGGAAAGUGACGAUUCAAAAUUUGACAGUGAAGAUGCGCCAUUAUCAGUUCAGAAAAUUAAAUUUGCGGAACGUACUUCUAAUUCCCCGGUGCAUUUAUCGAUUUCUGAGCGUCUUGCUCGACUACGUCUUGCAAAACAAACACCAGAUCCAAACUCAAUCAAAAAUAACCAUGCUAAGAAUGAUUCUACGCAAGGUUUACCGGGAGAUGUUAAUAGCAUUCAGUAUGCCAAAUUUGAUUUUGAUGAUAAUAAAAAAAAGAAAAAGCUAGAUAAUGCGCAAUUGAUUAAUAAAUUAAAAAGUAAAGCGGAAAAGUUCGAGAAAUUAAAGAAAGAAGAUCCAGAGAAGGCUGCAGAAUUACGCGAAAAUGAGGCAUGGUCUAAAGCUCUACAAAAGGCACGAGGCGAAAAAAUUAAAGAUGAUCCCAAGUUAUUAAAGAGAACUAUUAAAAAGAUCAACUUUAAAAAGAAAAGUAGUGAAAAAGCAUGGAAGGAACGAGUUGAAGCGGUUGCUAAGACUCAAGCUGAGCGGCAACAAAAAAGAACAGCAAACAUUCAAGCUCGUAUUGAUGCAAAGAAGAAUAAGAAGCGCAAAAAAUCUUAA